CGUCACUCAGCAGCCGACUGCACCGCCUUCACAACUAAGCUUCAAAUACAUGUAGACUGACGCUAGUUGGCCAGCGGCACCGACCGAAACCAACAGCAGAAGAGAGCUUUGUCGACCGGGUUACGCCACCUGGCACUCGCACUUAUUCGGCAUUGAUUUUGGGGUUAGGUUUAAUCCGAUACAAGACGUUUAAUUCACGAGGAAAGUGAGCGUUAUUGAGGGAGUGUGUAACAUUUGACGUUUAACACCGCGCAUACGUAGUUUGAGCUUGCUAGCCGGCUAACUCUGCUAGCCAGAGAAAGAAAAAAGCCGUCGGGUUUGACCUACCGUCAGUUAUUUCACCGAGAGCGAAGCAUCUCUGUUUCUUCGUUUGGGAUCGAAACACCGCCAACUUAGAGAGCAGAACACCAAGACAGGAUGGCUCUGAAAAGGAUUCACAAGGAGCUUAACGACCUGGCUCGUGACCCUCCAGCACAGUGCUCAGCUGGCCCAGUGGGUGAUGAUAUGUUUCACUGGCAAGCCACAAUCAUGGGGCCUAGUGACAGUCCAUAUCAGGGAGGUGUUUUCUUCUUGACGAUUCAUUUUCCAACAGACUACCCCUUCAAACCCCCCAAGGUUGCGUUUACGACAAGAAUUUACCACCCAAAUAUUAACAGUAACGGCAGUAUCUGUCUGGAUAUUCUCAGAUCACAGUGGUCUCCUGCGCUUACUAUUUCUAAAGUUCUUCUCUCCAUUUGCUCACUCCUAUGUGACCCAAACCCCGAUGACCCGCUAGUGCCAGAGAUCGCACGAAUCUACAAAACAGAUAGUCAGAAGUACAAUAAACUAGCACAGGAGUGGACAGUCAAGUAUGCCAUGCUUUAGGGUAAGGCCAAGAGCCAUCACUGCA